GCGAGAUGGCCAGCUAAUCCCCGCGGCAGCAGCCGCCGCCGCAACUUUCCUCCCCUCCCCGCUCCGAUCCUGCCCCGCCGCGCCGGUGGAAGAUGGCAGUUGGUGGAAGGAUUGGAAGUUGCAGCCCGCGAGCGAAGAGAUAAGGCGGAGGGAGGCGCGGGAAGAUCCACCCCACUUCUGGAAGAACCUCAAAGUCUGAAGAACCUGCCACGGUUUACAGUGUCAACAAGUUACCAUUCCAUCAAGAGCAAUGAGCUCCACAACACCAGAUGGGGUUUCUGGACGCGAACAGCUCUUGGCUCAGCAAAGAAUGCACAGUAUGAUCAGCUCAGUGGAUGUGAAGCCAGAGGUUGCCGUGGGAUUAGAGCCUAUCUCACCAUUAGACUUGCGAACUGACCUCAGGAUGAUGGUUCCUAUGGUGGACCCAAUUAUGCGUGAAAAGCAGCUACAGCAGGAGCUACUUCUGAUCCAGCAGCAGCAGCAAAUUCAGAAACAACUGCUGAUUGCAGAGUUUCAGAAGCAGCAUGAAAACCUGACCCGCCAGCAUCAGGCCCAGCUCCAGGAGCACAUUAAGUUACAACAGGAACUCCUAGCCAUUAAACAACAGCAAGAACUCAUUGAAAAAGAGCAGAAACUGGAGCAGCAGAGACAAGAGCAGGAGCUGGAGAGGCAUCGCAGGGAACAACAGCUUCCUCCCCUCCGAGGCAAAGAAAGAGGCCGAGAAAGGGCAGUGGCCAGUACAGAAGUGAAGCAGAAACUUCAAGAGUUCCUGUUGAGUAAAUCGGCAACAAAAGACUCUCCAGCAAAUGGGAAGAAUCAUUCCAUGAGCCGCCACCCCAAGCUCUGGUACACGGCUGCCCACCAUACUUCACUGGAUCAAAGCUCUCCACCCCUGAGCGGGGCCUCGCCACCGUACAAAUACGCUUUACCAGGAGCACAGGAUGCCAAGGAUGAUUUUCCUCUUCGUAAAACGGCUUCAGAGCCAAAUUUGAAGGUACGUUCAAGGUUAAAACAAAAGGUGACAGAAAGAAGAAGCAGUCCUCUACUCAGGAGGAAGGAUGGAAAUGUCAGUUCAUUCAAGAAGCGACUCUUUGAGGUGACAGAAUCCUCAGUCAGUAGCAGCUCCCCUGGAUCAGGUCCUAGUUCCCCAAGCAAUGGUCCCACCAGCAGCAUAACAGAAAAUGAAAACUCAGUUUUGCCAUCUAACAUUCAAGCUGAGCAUCUGGUUUCACAGCAACGGCUUUUGAUACAGGAUGAAUCGGUGAACUUGCUGAGUUUGUACACAUCCCCUUCUUUGCCCAACAUUACCUUGGGACUUCCAGCAGUGCAACCUCAAAUCAGUGGAGUCAGGGAGUGCUCCAGGAAAAGUAAUAGCUUCCCACUACUACAGGCUUCAUCAUCAUUCAAAGAAAAGCAGAAGGGGGAGACCCAGUCGCUCAGACAAGGAGUGGCGUUGGCUGGACAGUAUGGGGGGAGCAUUCCUCCAUCCUCAACUCAUCCUCACGUUGCUUUGGAGGGAAAGCCAAACAGCAGCCACCAGGCUCUCUUGCAGCAUCUGCUACUGAAAGAACAAAUGAGACAGCAAAAACUUCUUGUGACUGGAGCGGUUCCUCUUCAUCCACAGUCUCCUUUAGCAGCAAAGGAGAGAGUAUCACCUGGCAUACGAGCUGCCCACAGACUGCCUCGUCAUAGGCCACUGAAUCGAACCCAGUCAGCCCCUCUUCCUCAGAGUACUUUGGCCCAGCUGGUUAUCCAGCAACAACAUCAACAAUUUUUGGAGAAGCAGAAACAGUACCAGCAGCAGAUCCACAUGAAUAAGAUGCUCUCUAAGUCCAUUGAGCAGCUGAAGCAGCCUGGCAGUCACCUGGAGGAAGCUGAAGAAGAGCUUCAUCACUCGAUGCAGGAAGAGCAAGCUCCUGAUGGCGGUGCCAGCAUUAGGGCUGAGAGCAGCAGUGAUGGUGUGGAAAACAGAAUAGGACAGCAGGUGGGGGCUGUGAAAGUCAAAGAGGAGCCACCGGACAGUGAUGAGGAUGUUCAGACCCAGCAAAUGGAAUCUGGGGAGCAAGCUGCUUUUAUGCAACAGGAGCUCCUGGCGCAUCGGCAUGUCCACCAGUUGCAAAUCUACCAGGCUCAGAUGGCUACAGUUGGCAUGGCGGGAUUAGAUAAACAUCAGCCAGUGUUCAGGACUUCAUCUUCCCCUGCUGAUUCGACAUUACCUCAAGUAGAUAUGGACCAGCCCAGCCAGCAUGUCUACACCACUGGUGUUGUAUAUGACAGUCUCAUGUUGAAGCACCAGUGUAUGUGUGGAAACUAUGCUAAUCACCCUGAACAUGCCGGAAGGAUCCAAAGCAUCUGGUCAAGGCUGCAAGAAACUGGGUUGCUAAACAAGUGUGAGCGAAUUCGAGGUCGAAAAGCCAGUCUGGAGGAAAUACAGCUGGUUCACUCUGAACAUCAUUCACUGCUGUAUGGCACCAGCCCCUUGAACAGACAGAAGCUGGACCCCAGGAAACUCCUAGGAAAUGUGUCUCAAAAACUCUUUUCCUUGUUGCCUUGUGGGGGACUUGGGGUGGACAGUGACACCGUUUGGAACGAGCUGCACUCGGCCGGGGCGGCACGCAUGGCGGUGGGCUGUGUCAUCGAGCUGGCGGCCCGCGUGGCCUCCCGGGAGCUGAAGAAUGGCUUUGCUGUUGUAAGGCCCCCAGGCCAUCAUGCUGAAGAAUCAACAGCCAUGGGGUUCUGCUUUUUUAAUUCGAUUGCAAUUACUGCCAAAUACUUGAGAGACAAGCUAAAUGUAUGCAAGAUAUUGAUUGUAGAUCUGGAUGUUCACCAUGGCAACGGUACACAGCAGGCUUUUUAUGCUGACCCCAGCAUCCUGUAUGUUUCCCUCCAUCGCUAUGAUGAAGGCAACUUCUUCCCUGGCAGUGGAGCCCCAAAUGAGGUUGGAAGUGGCCCUGGUGAAGGUUAUAACAUAAAUAUUGCUUGGACAGGUGGCUUGGAUCCUCCUAUGGGUGAUGUUGAGUAUCUCACAGCAUUCAGGACUGUGAUUAUGCCAGCUGCCAAUGAGUUUGAUCCAGAGAUUGUCCUGGUGUCAGCAGGAUUCGAUGCUGUGGAAGGCCAUGACCCUCCACUGGGAGGGUACAAAGUCACAGCUAAAUGUUUUGGUCACCUAACCAAGCAAUUGCUGAAGCUAGCGGAUGGCCGUGUUGUGCUGGCACUGGAGGGAGGACAUGACCUUACUGCCAUUUGUGAUGCAUCUGAAGCCUGUAUAAACGCCCUUUUAGGAAAUGAGCUGGAGCCUCUCCCGGAAGAUAUUGUGCACCAAAUCCCCAAUAUGAAUGCAAUAGCUUCUUUAAAAAAGACCACUGAAAUUCAAAGCAAGUACUGGAAGUCAGUGGAGCCAUACUCUGUGCCAGUGGAUUGUGCUCUGGCUGAGUCUCAGAAACGAGAGAGGGAGGAGACAGAAACGGUAUCUGCUAUGGCUUCUCUUUCAGUGGAUGUUCAGCAGUGUAUCCCUCAGGAAAGCAGCAGAGCUGCUGGCGAGCCCAUGGAAGAAGAGCCAGCCUUCUGAAGUGCCAAGUCCUCCCUGAUAUUUCCUGUGGGUGACAUCAUUGUGUAUCCCCCCAAAGCACCCUCAGACAUGUCUUGUCUGCUGCUUGGGUGGCACAGAUCAGAUAGAACAUAAACACUAGGCACAAAACUGAAUAGCAACUUCACUUGUUCUUUGGAUGGACUUGAAAGGGCCCUAAAGAUUCCUUAAAUAUAACCGCCACAAUUCUAGAGUUACAGCAAAACGGGCUUGGGAGAAAAAGCCUCGAGCAUGCUUUUUAUAUGCUGUUUGACCGGCUCACAACAUAAAUUGUGAAAUAGAGUAUUACAAAAUUCUACAUGAUAGAUUAUAGAUACAAGAAUUCCAACAGCCAGCAAAGUGCUCGGUGAACCCCAUGAAUCACUUUCUGACAAUUUUUACUGGGUAAUUUUUUUCAUACUGUGUUAAAUUGUUAAUAGAAUUAGUCUUCUUCGCUCUGUGUAAUGAAAGAAAAAAGGACACCUUUAUUUUAUGAGCCAUUUUUUAACCCCCUGCCAUGAGUUCUUAGACAAAUAAGUGAAAGGUGUGUAAAUUACAAUGAGGGAAUUUAGCUAAAGGGAAAGCAGUUGUUAUUGUACUAUAAAUCCCCUGAAUUACUGUGCUUGUUGGUGCUUUACUUUCUUUUCCCUUCUCCCAGGCAUCCCUCCCCAUUUCAUGUAAUCUUUUCUAUUGUGAAAACACAUUCUAAAAUGAGUUAUCUUCUGCCUUUAAAGAAAAAAAGUGCUGUACCCUCUGUAGUUGACAGUAGCUCUCACCAUAUGUGCAGCAGAGAUCAAGUGUGGAUGGCUUUUCAAAUGUGUUUUUACUUUGUUCUGAAAUCUUUCUGCAUCCUGACUCUAAGAGCAGCGAUCUUCAGUAACUGCGUGCAGUUCAUCUGAAGCUCAGGUGUUUCUGUGGAGGUUGUGUUGAGGGUGUUUUUACAGGUUGUCAUGUGGAUACAAACUGAUUCUUUAUAUAGUCCUACACUAAGAGAACUGGUGUUGCUUAAGAAGCUUCAAACGGUUUAUGCUUUAUUUUAGCUCCCCAAAGUGCAGCAAGAUCUCCCUGCAAGGUGACUUUAGCUGUUUAAUUCCAUGUUUGAGAACGUAACAUAUAGUUGUGCCUUUAGCUGAUAAUGAACGCUUAAACUGUUACACGUGUUGCCUUACUGUCAGAGAAAGAGAUUGGGCAUGUAUGGAAGACUACUUCAAAUGAACAAAAUUCUGCUACAGCAACUUUUAUUUUGUUUACAACUUUCUCACCUAAUGAACCCUUGGAGAUACCUUGAAGUAUUCAGCUUGCAGUAUUUGAUAGCUCUCUCAGCUUUUAAAAGCAAAUGAUGUUCAUUUUUAUAUAUUUUCCGAACUCAAAGGAUAUAUUAAAGCCAUAAGUGAAGACUGUCAUGCUUUUUAUUCUGAAAUCUGAAAGGAACCUUAAUUAAAGCAAGAUUUUGGGGAAGGCCAUGAUAUGAAAGAUAUGGAACAAUAUGGUUUCAUUUAUAGGCAUACUCAAACCUGUAAAUCAAAGAUGAAAGAUUUCACUCAAAUAGAAUUAUAUCAUUCUCUUUUGUUAUGCAGUCAGACUAUACCUUUCAUGCAUUUGGGUUUGUUUACGAUUAGCAUUUUAAUUUUAAAGACUUUUAUUACUUAUACAAAAGCUUUCUGCUACAAGUUAGAAAUCUGAGGCAUGCUUUGAAAAGGGAAAUCUAAAAAAAGAUUGUCAUUUCCUAUAAUGUGAAGUAAACUUUUAUUCUGAAAGGCUUACUCUAAAAUGGGUGUAUGCCUCUCAGAAAGUGAAAUAAAAUUCUACCCCCCAUUUACAAGCCAAAAUCAUGCUCAUUUUAGUAAUGCAAAGAGUCCCAGCAGGCUAAAUUGACUCCUGGUGUAAGCCACCUUGCCUGACUUUGGGCUGUUCUGAAGGGGGUGUUCACAUGACUAAAGCAAUCAGGAGUUCAUCUCAUCCUGAAUUUUCAGCAGACUUGUGAUGGCAAUCUAACUUGCCAUUUACUGUGAUUUUCUUAUGGUCUUCAAAGAAAUUUCCCUCCAAGGAAACCAAGGACCAUAGCUGAUGAGUUGUGUGAUUUGUAGAGCUUUUCACAUCUUGAAAUAGUGGCUGCAAAAUUUUAAUUGGGCACAUAGUAAGAGCAUUUUCAAAUUAACCCCACAAAUGCAAAAUCUGCUUGUGUAAUUAGCUCACAUGAAACUGAAUGUGAAUUGCAGCUUGAAAUAUGAGUUAAAAACUUUACCAAUUAAGGUCUAUAUUCUGGAGUGGAAAUCAACUAAAGCUGUCCUUUGUAGCUGGAAAUGCCUUUAAAAUGACAGAAUAAUUUGAAUUAAACCACAUUUUAAACUUACACUUAUGCAUUUGUACAGGCGUACUCCCAGACAGAUAUCCAGACAUGCUAUUGGUUAAAGUUGGGAUCAUUUGGAUAAGCAAAUGUGCAAAUAAACUGCACACAGAUUGUGUCCAGAACUGUGUUCUCACUGAAGUCAAUAGCAAAAUCCUCUUUGAUUUCAAUGGGAGAUGGAUCAGGCCCUGCUUAUUUUUUAUUUUUUUUUUUCCUUUCCUUUAAGUCCAGAGCACCAUUACUUUUUGAUUAUGUCAUUACAAGGCACUGUAUAGCCCUCUGGGAAAUGAUUGAGGCUUAUGGUGAAUAUCAACACUUCCUUCAAAGCAGACCUGGGCUUUCUGAGAGGGCAGUUUCACUUGCUGCUGUUUUCUUCUCACAGUAUUUUUAUUACCAUCAAUAGCUCCCCAUGGAUUGCAGUUAAAAUUUCUCCCAGCAAUUUUAGACAUACUUCCAGGGAAAUAUUCACAUAGAAGCUCUUAAAAGUGCCCAGUUUUAGCUGGAUUCAACAACAAAUUCCAAGAAUUUCAGAAAGAUGCACAAAUUACAUGUUUCUCCAUUUCUAAUAUCCAAAUUCAGAGGCUUGGGAGCUGUUUUUGAGGAGACAUCACACUCUCAUGUGCCCCAUGGACCUCAGCUUAGACUAGGGAGAUUGACACCUCUGAAAAUUCAGUCCCAGAUAUUUCAAGCUGGCUGCCAAAAUAUCUACAUCUGAGCUUAGAUUACUCUGAAAAAAUAAGCUGAAAUGCACAAAUGAGAUGGGGAGAAUGGUGGUGCCUUGUGUGAUUCCAUGGGGAAAUUGAAGCUGAGGAGGUGGCAGAGAGCCCUCAGACCCAGGGUGAUUCUUUGCCUGGUGCUGAGGACAGAGGGGCUGUCAACAGGCAGAAGGACAUCCCAAGGCACUGCCACUCUAAGCUGCCAUUAUCAUUAGCAAUGAAUCUUUGCCUCACGGGGAAAGUGUGCAAGAAUUUGCAUUCUGCCUCUGGAUUGAGGUUUCCCUAAGCCACCAACCUCCAGAAUGAAACAUGCCUCAGCAGCAAGUACCACUAUCAUGCUUGCUCAGUUCAUAUUCUUCCCUAGCUUUAGGGAGUUAAUGAUAAGCGCAGUUGGGUUUUUAUUAUAUUCUUUUAUUUCUCUUGUAUUCUUAGAUCAUUAAAUUAUUAGUAGAAACUGACAAUUAAAAAGGGAUAUGACUCAGGAUAUCAAGAAAAAAUGAUUUUCAUCCAACUUAAAGCUUUUACCUGGGCAGGAGUAGGUUCAAUGAAGAGCAGUAAAUCUCAGAAUUUAAGAGUGUCUUGCACUUCAUUUUGAGACUCUGUGUGCAGAAAUUCUGUAUGUGCUCAUUUGGCUUUAAUAUAAUCUACAGCAAUGAAGUGCUUGAUUAUAUGAUCCUUUUUCAGGCAAAAUUCCUAGUGAGUAAUCAAAAUUCAUGGGAAUUUUGCCAGUGUAAAGAAGACAGAAUUAGUCCCUUUUUUAAUUAUGUACCUUCCUAAUUUUGCUUUCAGUGAAAAUGAUUUAACUAAUUUCAGGCAAGGAAAAUAAAAUCAUUAAGUUACCUUAAGUAAACAUCAUUACAGAAAAAGAAAAUAUAAACAGCUGUUAUGUAAACAAAGAUGGUUAUUUCUUUUCUUUGAAAAAAAGGCAACAACAUGCUGCCAGCUGAAAGUGGCAGAAUUAAUCACUGUCUAGAGUAUGUGGUAUUUGGGUUGGUGUCUUAUCUAAGUGCAGCCUCCCUAAAAAGCUGAAAGGCAUAACCAGAGAUGAAAGAUUAGAGAGGUUUUGCUGCAGCCAACACCAGAGGUCCUGUAGAGAACAAGAAUGUAGAGACUGACUAAUUUGUGUAGACAGACAGCAGGACACUUUCAUGGCAAUGUGUCUGGGACAAAGAAUUAGAGGGAACUUUUCCAAAAGCAUAGAUGGUUGUGAGGCAAUUAACUUCUAUUAGCUUGCAGGGGCAAGGAGACACUCGGUGAACAUUUAUUCUUUGGGAAAUGCCCCCUCCAUCCCACAAGGAUACAGAGAUGGACCUCACUGUACAGUUUUUCAUCCUAAGCAGCAGUAAUGAGGUGUGUUGCCCUGAAGUGUAUGCUCUUUAUUUGCCCAAUAAGCUAUCAGCCCCCAGCAGACACUUUGUAAUAUGACUGAUGGAGGAGAUGUUUAUAGUAUCCUUUUUUUCCUCAAUAGUGGCCUUUCCAGAAGCAUAGCAGCGCACACUUGUUUUGUUUUAAAAGGUCACAGUGGAGCUUUGUGAACCAUUGUACUUUUUUUUUAGCUUUUUACAGACUCCAUAUGGAAGUAAACCAGAAUAUGUACAUGGUGGGGGGACCUGCUGGGAAAAAAUUUCUUUUAAAUCAGGUUUCUGCUACCUGCUUUUCAUCCUGGAUUUGGAGGAGUUUGGGUUCUUAAUUAUCAUUCAACCUUUUACUUUGUCAGGUAAGCAACUUGCUUUGUUUUCUUACCUAUAACUGAGCUCAAUCUUGUAGCACAUAGAAAACAAAAAAAAACCCAACCAAGUCUGUCUUUUCUGACAGAUGUUCCUGCCCUUGGUGUGGGAAUAAGAAGAGCUUAUCUUUGUCACUCCCAGCAGCAAUUAAAUGUUUCAUUUUUGUGGCAGAUCCAAACUGAAGUGGUAUUGUAUGUGUACAAUUUAGCUGGCUGUCUGCUGAUGGUUAAAAAAAGAAAUUGUGAAACUCGCAUUCCUCUCUAACCUCAAAAGGGAGCCAUUUUGAUUUUAACAAUGUAAUAUUUUCACUUGAUCCAAAACUUUUUUGUCCCAUGACAUCUUGUUACUAGCUCAGUUUUAGUCUCUAGCAAAUAACACACUACAGAGAGUGAAAACCAAAAAGGACACGCCAGCAACUGUUAAUUACGUCUUAUGCACAGUCCUUCAUUCUGCUGUAGUGCCGUGCUCUGUGGUUCAGCAUAUUAGAAUAGUGCAUAGCAAAAUAUAAGUUGUUCUGCACCAUCAAAGAUACUACUGUUCAGAUGUUAAUUAGUACAUUGUGAGGUGGGUAAUUUAUAAGUACAUUCUCCUGCAUGUAUGGUCUAAAGGCAAGUGACACAUUAAACCCGUGGCACUGGUACUGUGCAGUGAGUGAUUCUGUGCUAAGACCUCCACACAUUAACCCAUUCCCGAUGGUAUGCCUGCCAAUACAUGUUUGCAGUAGGAGAGCUGUAGGAUGCUCUGAUUCAAAGACCACUGAAAUCCCUUAACAGGCUUUGGGUAAGAUCCAGGAGGUAGCUAAAGAAGAAACCUUAACUUUGCACUCAGUCACACAGAAACUGUAAAGGAAGCACAGAUAUAGAUCUAAAUUUGGCCACACAUCCCUGUUUCUGAUAUGAAGUGCCAGUUCUGGCUUAUAGAAAAGUGUGUCUGAGAGAGCACUGUCAGUAGCAGAUACAGUCUACUGGCUUCAUGAGGGUGUAUACAUCAUGUGUUAAGGGAACAGGUUCAUACUCAUGUCUCUUGCUGCUUAGUUUACUGAUAUUUUAAAUUUCUUGAUUGGCUUAAAAUUUCAAGUUAUGAUGCAAUAGGAAAGCAUAAAGCAAUACCUAGUGAAGUCAUAACUAAAGCUUUCAAAGCAAACUUACUGCCAUGUUUUUUUACAACAGCGACUUCUUGGUCUAGAGAUGAACAGCUGAAAUGUCUAUUUUUUUCUUGGGAAUUUCAUGUUGCUAUCUGUUUCUAUGAUAAGAAACAGUCCUUUUGCUCAGUGUACUAGAAGUUUAUCUGUAAUCUGUCUUUCCAGGCAGAUCAGAUUCUAAGGCAUAAAGCAUCAGUGGGACUGACCCAAAGGGCAACACUUUUAAAGGUCGAUAGUAAUAUUUCUGUAAGAGUAAAAGGAACCAUUGUUAUUUUUCCUGAUACAUUUUUGUAUCUGAAAGCAUCCGAUGAGUAAUGUGAAGUAAUACUGUGCUCCAGAACUUUGUUGAUUAUAGAUAUAAGAACGUUGGAUUGGCGUGAAAUAGUCUUAAACUGAGUUGUUAAAAUUCCUUUUGUUUUGUGUUUUGUAUAAUUCUUUGGCUAUAGUCUUGUCCUAGUGUCAAUAAAAGCUAUUUGAAGUAA